UGACGCAGCAUGGCACCUCCAAAAUUAUCUUACUUCCCUAUCAAAGCUCUUGCAGAACCGAUUCGCUUUGUACUUUCCUACGCUGGUGAAGAAUUCAUUGACAAUCGAAUUAUCAGAGAUGAUUGGCCCGCAAUGAAACCAAAAACUCCUUUUGGGAAACUGCCAAUCUUGGAAAUUGAUGGGAAAGUUGUGACCCAAUCGACCGCCAUUUGUCGAUACUAUGCUAAGAAAUCAGGUAUAGCUGGCGAAGAUGACUGGGAAAAUUUGCUAAUUGACGCAACAGUUGGUACCAUUGAUGACCUAAGAUCAGCCAUCGGUGCCUAUCAUUAUGAUGCAAAUGAAGAGACAAAAGUAAAGAAGUACGAUCCUCUUGUGAAAGAGACCAUUCCCUUCUACAUGGAAAGACUGGAGAAGCAGGUGGAAGAAAACGGCGGUUAUUUUGUGAAUGGAAAGUUAACAUGGGCAGAUUUAUGGUUUGUUGGGUUGCUGGACUAUCUGAAUUCCAUGGCAAAGUUUGACAUAACCGAAAAGUACCCUAGCAUUAAGGCCCUUAAAGAUAAAGUGCUAGCCGUGCCAGCAAUCAAAGGAUGGGUUGCCAAGAGACCAGCAACCGAAUUUUAAACGAUGUUUGCCAUUUACUGCAGAACUAUUGAGCCUUUCUCUUCAAAGCACCAUUGUUUGAUGUAUUUGCACUUGCCUAUAUACAUUUAAAUGCAAUCCCAUAACAAUCAUGGUUACUUUUCUAUCAAUUCUAAUUAUACUAUCCUUCCCUGUUUCUCCGUACUUACUGUUUCUGAAGAUAUAUUUUUCAUGUAAUUUUAAUUUUCAGUUUACGUAUCAGAUGUCAACAUUUUUUGAACAUUCCUAGUUUUAUAAAUAAAUGCUGAAAGUAA